GGUACCUUUUUAAAGUCCUGUGGUUUUGAGACCAGUGUAUUUUAUAGUUUCAGCUAAGUGUGCCAUGUUUUGUUUGCAGUUUUUCCUUUUUUGAUUCUUUUGUAAUGUGCUUUCGGACUUUGGUUUAGUGGUAAUUUGUUUUAGGAUGUGGUCCAAUUGUGCUCCCCAUGGCCCAUGGGAGAGGUUGGGCCAUAAAACGCAGUACUGAACUAGAGAGCUGUGUAGCUCAGCACUGCUCUCGAACUGACCCAGUUGGAUCCAUUCUGUACACCACCUGAUAUAGAAACCGGUGUUAUGGGAAUUGGUACUGUUCUACACCUGACUCCGAGAGGUGUUGUGGGGUCCGUGCGGUGAUGUACCUCACCUGGCUGAGAGUGGCAGUUGGGGGCCAGCAGCUGUGGGGUUCUGCAGUAGUCCUCCUCUAUGCACAGACAACCUUUCCAAUCCGGGAACUGGCCCAGCAGCCGGGCGUAUAUGGAACCAAAUUUACCACUCCCAGCCCGAAUUGAUUAUUCAGCCAAGCAGUUGUAUAAUAAUACAAUACUCCAUACCAUCAGCCAGUUCUCAAUUAGGCUAUUUGCAGGUGGGCGAACCGGUAUGACAUUUGCAUGGCGGCGGCAGGGCGUGGUGGCAUACCCGAGACACGGCACACUUUCUUCAGCAUGUCCCAUCCACUUCGACACGCAUGCGACUCAGACACGCAGGCCUCCUUUAUGGAAACGCAGUCACUGGAUCGCAACGAAACGCUGAAGAUCACCUGGUGUGCCAGAAGUCCUGAAACAAAACGCAUAAAUAACCAAAUCCACUGAAGAAGGUAUUCUUAUUCUUUUAAACACAGUUGUUAUCCAUUUGUAAUUAUUUAUUUUGGAGUGGCUGGUCAUAAACCAGACAUUUCAAAGAAAAGCUGUGAGACAUUUCAAUUCCAAUCUACCACCUCUAUCUUUGCAAUUCAAAUCUCGUCAGCACAAUUGAGCAAUAUUCAAUUAAAUCGGUUGAACUAAACCAUUUUAUCCGAUUAACAAGUAUUUAGACAUUCAAAAGUAAUUCUAGAAACAUCUUCAAUGAGUAUGUGGACCUCACAAUUAAAGCUGAAGCUGCUAUGAAGAACUGUGUAAUUAGUAAUAAUAGUUUUGUCCACUAACAGAUUGCGGAGAUUAAAAUCGAUCUUUUGGGGUAGAUGAGCACAUCUGCAGUAUGUAUUCAAUCAGAAAGCUCUCGACAAGCAAUGUUGCAAGAGAGAAAUGUUAUCGUUAUGUUAUGGAGGGUUAUUUUUCCUCUGUUCUGUUUACAUUAAUGUGUGCUUAAAUCGGCAAACACUAUAAAUGUAAUCGCGUCGAGUCGAAACAGGUGGCUCCAACACCUUCCUUUGCAAAUUACGGUAAGAAAAUAUACGCCGAAGUAUUUACUAGUGCAGAUUGCUUUGAUGUUCUCGGCUGUUGCACGGAAGAAAAGCAUUGCUCAAAAUGACAUAAUGUCUUAAAAGGUGAAAAGGAAUGACUAAGAGGUACCCAAAAGCUGUAUGUGAUUCUCGUUAUUUGAAAAAUACAUGCAUGUAAAAACAGUGAAAUAAAUAAACUUCAGUGUGUAGCCCACACUGCCCCCAUCCGCGUUUAACUCUCACUUAAACCAAAAUAACGUUGAAACAUCGAGUUUUAAAAUCUUCACAGCUGUUUGCUGGUGGAGGGAGGGAAGGCACGUCUACUCACCAGUCACCAGGGCGAUUUUCAUGGCUAUGGCUGAACAUGGGGGAGCAGUACGGUAGAAUCCCAUCACUUUUGACUAGCCGACUCUUGUGUGUGGACAGCUCCUGUUCCAAAAGCCUCUAGGGAACCGAUUGAACAAUAUACUGUAUGACGUCAACUGAAAGUGACUUUUACCAAAAAUGUUACCAAUAUAACCUGGCGCUGACGUUAAAAAUACAUUUUUUUAAAUGUGGGUUUGACUAUUUUUCACGCAUAUCAUCAGUGAAGUCAGACAUGAUAUAGUUUGAGGCAAUAUUAAAAUGUUAGAGGCGAUGUACCUAUUGCAUGUUACUUUUAGUUUGAAUAGCAGACAUACCUUGUGAUGACUCACGUAGAUGACACGUAUACUGCACGUACAACCCCGCGCACCUGUUUGAUAGAUAAGACCCACAUUUCUCGGGCAGAAUGCGUCGUAUGUGCACCUGAAACCUCUCAAUCUGUUCAGUGGUGAGUUCAUGUUUGAAAUACGUGAGACAUAUAGCCUAUAGCGGUUGCCUAUCAUUUGUGCUAAUACAUCUUGAUACGAUGCAUCGACUGACCUUUAUUAAAAUAUGCAUCAAAACAUACAUGCCCAUUUGUUGAAUUCAAAUAUUCUAAAUAGCCGGUAGUCUACUUCUAAAUGUCGACACAAGACUUUUAGGAGGAAAUUAGCUAAGUUAUGUAUUAUCUUGACUUGACCGAGGUUGUUUUUUGUUCUUUUUUAUUAUUAUUUUUUCUAGAAUAUCAUAUUGCGGAACACUUCAAGCCUUGUGUAUUUGUAUGGUUUACGCUAUUGUUUCUAGAUGCGACUACAUCGAUACGCGGACCCAUGGAUCGAUAUAAAUGCACCAUGAUCGGUAGUUUGCUCGAUUCUAAAGUUACGAAUCGGUUGAUUUACGAUUUGCUGCUAAUUCUACUUUAGUAUUACUAAAGCUGCUGCGGAAGACUCGCUGAUCUACAAAUCCUCUUACUUUAAAAAUAAUAAUGACCGCCUCUCAUUGGCUAAUAGUAAAUCUGCGUUGACCUUUUACGAGUAGCGCUGGAUGCUUUUCACCUUAUUUUGGGACGUCCGUAUGGGCAGGCUCUGUUACCGAUUUUUGUGGGGAACUUCCGGUCGUUCAGUGGGCAGCUAACUUUAUAGCAAAUAUCUAAACGGUCUCUGCUUACAGUAUACGCGGCUAACGUAUUGUAGCAAUGGAUUCAAGACAGAGUGGGGUUAUGUGUUCGGUUAGGGGAUGUCACAAUAACUGGCAGAAGCGAAACUUAUUUUGGGAACAAGAGUGUUUUGACCACCGAGUAGCAAGAAACGAGUGCGGCUGUGAGGCUUCUUAUGAUUUGCAAGACGAGGAGUCUCUUCGACUGGCUGAAAGCACUGAACUUGAAGAAACGACCAAAACCUGGUCCUCCUACCACUUCCCCGAGAUGUGGCUGGGCUAUGAUGCUCGAGUACAGAAGAAAUGGCGACUUCUCAUCAGGACAUCAACACAUGAAGACUAUGCUGAUGCAGAAGUGGAUUUACUAAGGAGCAGUGUGCAGCCGCGAUGCAGCACCCGGGGACCAGCUCCCAGUCUGAGGCCAGUGCCUUGGUCAAGGGUAAGGCUGUCAUGUCAAUGGAUGAAGCCCAGCCAAGGCUCAGCGAGCCCCAGGCCUCACAACUGCUCGGCCGUCUCUUUGGGUUGACCGUGUCAUUGCUCCGCCCGCUGCCAAGCUAUCAUGACCAGAACUUUCAUGUGGUGGCCGGCGAGGGAGGCCAGUAUUUGCUGAAGAUCACAAACUGUGUUUUCAGCCAGAACGUGGAUCGGUAUGAGCUGCAGAACCACGCCCUGGCCUUCCUGCACCAGCACGGUCUGCCUGUUCAGACUGUCCUGCCCACCCUCACUGGGACCAUGAUGAGUCUGGAGGAUAUUGAUUGUGGAUCUGGUAGUCAGAAGUACUUGGUGCGUUUGUUGACCUUCUUGCCUGGAACCACCAUCGCUAAUAUCCACUGUUCCCCACGCAUGCUCUACGAGGUAGGAAGGAUGGCAGCAACAACGAAUACAAUGCUGCAGAAGAUGGAGCACCCCAAGCUGUGGGCCUUGAAGCGAGAGAACAACCCGUGGGACCUGGGUAAUGUGCACCUGCUGGAGCCCUACCUGCCGGCGCUGGAGGGAGAAGAUGAGCUUCGGCUCGUGAAGGACGUCAUGAUGAUGUUCAAGACCGAAGUCUUGGUGCAUGUGAGCUCCUUCCGCAAGAGUCCAAUUCAUGGAGAUUUCAAUGACCAAAAUAUCAUAGUGGAACCAGACUCUCCGAUUGGCUACAGAAUCUCUGGAAUCCUGGACUUCGGAAGUAUGAACUAUGGCUACUCCAUCUUUGAGCUGGCCAUCACCAUUAUGUACAUGAUGAUCGAGAGCCAAAGUCCGCUGGAAGUUGGGGGGGCGGUGUUGGCGGGCUGGGAGAGCAUCCUCCCGCUGGAUGAGGUGGAGCGAGACGCUCUGUACACGCUGGUACUGGUCCGAUUCUGCCAAUCUCUGGUAAUGGCUCACCAUACAGCCGCACUUCGCCCAGAAAACAAAGACUACCUCAUGAUCACUGCACGCAAGGGGAUCCGACUUCUACCCUUGCUCUGGAAGCUUGGCAAGGAGGCUGUGCUCAAGAAGUGGGUAGAUGAUGCUAGAGAGUAUUCAGACAGGAAGUGAUGAUAGGACUGGUGUGAUGCAGGUUCCUGCUGCUUUCGGGUUCAUAUGGGUUUGCUUUAUUAUUCAGAUAUCUUAUUUUCUCUAUAACCUAUGCAAAAGAGCAUUCUGUCAAGCAGAAAUAUUGACCUCGGAAUGUGACAGUCGGAAACAAUAUGAUUUACAGGAAGUUCUCUUGCUGUACCAAUUUGGCAGAACAGUUUUUUUUGGGCACUGGUCUGUGUUCAGGCUGGAGUGGGUUUAUUUGUAUUAAAUUCUCCUUUUCAAUCUGGUCAGAUGGAGUCACGUGACGCAAUGCGAGAGUAGGAAGCUGAGCUUGUCACUCCGCAUCGCUCUGCUACAUUUAUCCGAUUAAAAUAUGUAUAACCAGGAAAUAACCGCACGGUUUUGUUUAUGAACAGUUGUGGGGCCAAAAUAUGUCUAAACUAUUGAAGACACCAACUUGUGGAGACAUAAAAAGACACUUGCGCUCGCACGGGACUGACGAUAUGCAAGUCCAAGAUGCAGGCGACAGAAUAUUGGCCAACAUUUAUGCAAAGCUUACAAAGAUCUCCAGUGAUAUGAAGGGCCCAGCAGAAAUGCAUCGCACCACAGCGUCGGUGGUGACAAAACUAUGGCAAGGCGAGGUUGAGAAAUGAGUGGACUAUCUUGAAUCUGCUGAGAAAAAAUGGCAGGAUAAUCCACCGGCUAACAAGCGAGCACACGAGUCGCCAACCAGCAGCCCAGAUCAGGAGACGGACCCAGACCAAUGUUGCCGAGGUUUUUGAGGUCGUCGCACAGGGAUUUGAGAGUGAGAAAUGAAGGCGAGCUGAGCUGGGGAAACGACAACGUCGUGCUCUUUCCUGACCUCUCCAGAGCCACACAGGUGAGGCGCGACAAAUUCAAGGAGUGCAAGAAAAAGCUGCACGAACGGGAGGUGAGCUUCAGAAUGCUGUAUCCCGCUAAUUUGAAAUUCGACACCGAUGAUGGAAUUAAGACUUUCGAGUGCCUGAGGAAGGCGAUUGCGUUCAUUGAUAGGAUGUGGGGAGUUUGUGACCAUGGUACUUCUCUUAAAUUCAGUGCUAGAUAGCCUAGCUGACUUUGUUUUUUAAUUUUCUUCGCUUGGCACUUCUGAACAUUAAUAUACAGACACUGGUUUGGACUCAUUUAUUACAGCAGCAGAGCCUGCGCGGCUGGAUGAGUGAAGUCUCGUGGACCGCUGGUUUUCCACUGGAAAGAUUUC